CGGGAUUCCAAAAAUAUUGAACAAAGAUACAGCAGACGUUUUAUUUUGGUUCCGACUGUAAAGUCAAGAUGUACGGUAAAGACAAUAUUUCCACACCUGUCAUUGUUUUGGCUGAAUGUCCUCCCUUAGAAGAAUUGCUUGCAAUUACCGUAUGCAUAACAAGAAACCUCCAUAUUUCAUCAACUCUACAACCUCACAUCAUACGAUGCAGAGAGCUAAUAUUUACGGAGCCAGAAAUUAUAGCAACGCCUUCCUUUAACACGGACAAUGCAUUUCACGUUGUACUGAAGAGGACGUUAUUUAACACUGGGAAAUUACAAGCAAGAUUUUCCAAGAUCGGUUUACAGUGUAGUGACCCCCAGCCUGUGACGACAGCCUUGUUCCAGUCCUGUAUACACUACACCUUGCUGGCCAGAAUCGCCCCAUCCUGGAACAAAGCAGGGCAGUGGCUCAUUCAGGGUCGAGAUUUUCUAUCACACCAAGGAUAUGAUAAUGCCGUCAAAAUGGACCUGGUGGUCACUUUUGGUCAGCUGCAUCUGUCCCUCGUAGCGUCCACUGUCAGGUUUCCUGCCCUACAGCUUUCUGACAUUGAACUUCUUCCUCAAAGUUUAAAAAAGUUUACGGAAGACCGUAACUUUGUUAUUUCUGGAGAUUCUAUUGGUUCUACAUGGUGCCACGUGUUACCAAGUAUGAAAAAGGGACAGAUAGUGGGCAUUGGUCGACAGCUGCCUACAGAUGGUCCGUUCAAAUCCUACAAAGAAAUCAAAAGACACUGGAAAAAUUCAUAUGGAUAUCGACUACCUGAAAACGAGGAGGACAUAAUCUACUACCAGAUCCAUUUCAGACCUCUGGGGGACCGGGUGUUUACUUACCCUGAUGUAUGUCUGAGGGCCCGGGACAUCCACUGUCUCCCCCGGGUUAACCCCAAACCUAUACUUGUCGCCUUUCUCCAGGACCUGAAAAACAAGAUGUCCACGGUGUGUGGCUACCGAUUACAGUUUCAGUCCAAGGCGAGCUAUCUAACUAUGGAACUCUGUUCUGUUAAUAAGAAGGAGCAAGAGAAGACAGAUAACAGUAAUCUGGGACAGAAAUGUAAGACUCCUGGUAAAGUUAUCUACAGAAACUUCCCACUCCCUUCCCAGAAUCCAUCUCAAAGUAAUGUUAUCUCAAGUACGUCUAUACCCCCCGUCAGAUCGUCAGAUGCAGUAACCAGUGACACACAUACCAAAACAGAUAAUGUAACAAAAAGUAACACUGAAUCCUUGGGAAGAGGUGGUUUUACUGGAAAUGCCGCAGAGUCCAUCACAAAUACAAAAGGAACUCAAGGUAGAACUGCUGUUAGUUCAGAUAUGAGUGAAAUCCCAAAAGUUUUCAACUCAGGUCAGACACAUUUGGCAUCUCAGAACACUAAUGACAGACAUGUGAUUCCACCUACUCAAGCAGCAAACUCUGAUACGUGUGUUGCCAGUUUGGGAGAAGAAAGGAUCGUUCCAAGGUUCCAAGCAAAGAAACCUACUAAUUUUGUGACAAAGACAACCUCAAGUAUAGAUUCACAACCUUCCAGAAUUGUUCCAGUAUUCAAAGGAAAGGUAGCCAGUGGAAAAACAACAGGGAGUGGUAAAAAGCUACAAAAGGAGCCAAGUACAGAAAAACAGAAACAACCAGUCAUAUUCAAAAGUGUUUCUACGCCAAGAUUAACAGUUUCCUCAAAAAUCUCUGAUAUGAUGACGAAAUCAUCCACUGGACAAGUUACAAGUCAGCAACUCAACAAAAACAUCAAGCCUCCAAUCACACCAACUUUGCUGAGACGAGAAAAUGGUUUGAACUCGUCACAUCCGCUUCCAUCUACACCAUGCAGAACAGUACCAGCUUUAACACCGUCUUUGUCACAAGGAGUUCAUCACAGAACCCCUUCUCAAAUAACGUCUGCUACAGUUUAUCGAAAUACACCAAAAAAUACACCAAACGCCACUCCAAAAAGGCUGUCAACUUUACUGCAGACUGAAAGUGGACAGAAAUCCACUCCCAUAUCUCGGACCGUGAACAAUUAUGAUCAGGAUUCCGAUGACGAUUUCCUGAAGUCACCAUCUGUUUGUGUUAAAAAGAGACCAAAUAAUGAGCAACCAGACAAUGUUGUAUCUAAGAAACCCAGAUCAAAGCCUGCAGUACAGAACGUGGACGUAGAGGCCUUGGCAAUAGAAGGACAGUUAAACAAAGUGAACAGUGUGACAAUGAUAUCAUGGCUGAAAACCAGGGGUGUCCAAUGUAGAACCAAAGACAAGAAACAAGAGCUAGUUACCAAAGUCCUCGCUGCGCUGAAUGUCCGAGUCAGCGAGCAGUGA